AGGAAUUGAACGAGUAUCGUUUCCUGAAUUUUGUGGUCUGCUACAAUAUAAUGUCGUUGGCUAACACGAAGGUGGUGUGUUGGGAUCGCAUGCUUUAUAUGUAUCUGGUGGGUAUGCCGAAUGUGGUUCGUGAUAGGAAGAUCAAUCUUAAUGUUCCAUUUUUGGUUUGGCGCCGUAUGGCUAAAGACAUCAAGACUUCUAGUCAGUCAGAGAGGUUGCCUUAUCCAUUAAUCAUUAUGCGGAUUCUGAGGGUGUUUGAUGUGGACACGAGAUGUUCGUCAUAUGAACAUAGUCUGGGCGUGAUUAGUGAGACUAUGUUCAUUAAAUCUUCGGUGCAGCUUCAGUCGCAGCGCUCUCCUCCACGACGUUCGUCUCAGCAGCGUUCCACUCCUCCUUCUGGUCCUUCCCGUCCUUCGGCAGAGGUGUCUAAGGAAGAAAUGUCCGUCUCUUCUGUUUAUCGGGAACAACAAAGAUUAUCUUUAGAGCAAGAACGCAUCUCGGGCGAACUUCGACGGAUUUUUGAGGAUCAAGCUCCCAUGGUUGCCGUGCAGGAGCGCCUCACUCGGCAAGUGGGCAAGCUUCGUCGUAUGAUGCGCGCUAUCUUUGACAAACUAGGGUGUUGUAGCGCGGAUCUUCCUGCGCCUGGUGCUGAUUCUGACUGAGAUCUUUUGGUGUUUCCUUCUUUUUGGUCGUUUUGGCGUUUUCUUGACAAAAAGGAGGAGGAUGAUGAUGAUGAUGAUGAACUUUGCUUAGGAUGUAAUGCUUGAACUCUUGACUUAUAACUGAAUUCAUUGCAAAUUUUGAUGAAGUGUGUGGAGAUUGUUUUGCAGGGUAUUUCAAGACUUCGAGACUCUAUGUCAUGUCCUAAGUCAUAGAGUCUGUAUUAGGAUGUUAAAAAUGUAAUUCUGUUUUUAUUGGAUCGAUCACGCAGAAGGUUGUUGUUUGGUGAUUGCGAUAACCUUCUUAUUUUUGUCUUUGGAUAAGCAUUGUAUAUUCUUUUUGUAUUUUGUCACGAAAUCGCCAAAGGGGGAGAUUGUUAAGGAUUUUAUAAGUUUGCGAAUUUCGUGAAGGUUUGGAUGGAGUCUCGAAGAAUUAGAAGAUGAAGGUUGACGAAAAGAAUUGAAGUUUUUGUGAUCAAAGACCCUUGAGAACUCAGACCUUUAAUCACCACAAAUUGUUGAACUUCUACGAGCUUCGGAUGGAGCUUUAGCGCGUGGAUCUCGCGUGGAGACCGUGGAUUCGUUGGGCGUUUCGUGGAAUCGAGGCGUGUGCGGCUGCAAGGACUUGCAGUGUGAUCGGUUUGAGGGUUCCAAGCGAUCGUGGACCAGCAAAGAUAAUCUACAACGAGGAUUCGGUAUUUUGAGUCUUGUAUUUUUGCUAAAUCACUUGUACUCAUGUUUUCUUAG